UUGAUGAAUUCGCGAUACGAAGUUACCUGCCUUCCCUGUUUGUGGACAUCGAUUCUCUUUUGAAAUGGCUGCGACAAGACAAUUGCUUAGGACUGCUGCCUCGUGCUCAUCUCGCACAGUUUAUGGAGGAGUCCACACUGUUUCUCUUAUUCCUGGUGAUGGCGUUGGUCCAGAGUUGGCCAAAGCUGUGAAAGAUGUGUUUCACCAUAUGCGAGUACCUGUCAGAUUUGACGAACUCAACAUCACAGGCCUUGACAAAUCGUACGAAGUCGCCCAGAAGUCCCUUCGAAGCCAUGGUGUAGGUCUGAAAGGAAUCAUCAGCACAUCGCCCUCUCUCGCAGAGCCCAGAUCUCUCAAUGUGCAACUGAGAAAGGAUCUUGACCUGUUUGCUAACGUUGUCAGGUGUCGUUCUGUGGAGGGUGUUGAAGCUCGCCACCAGGAUGUUGAUAUGGUGAUCAUUCGUGAAAAUACUGAAGGCGAAUACAGCGGUCUGGAGCAUGAGAGUGUACCGGGUGUUGUGGAGAGCUUGAAGGUGGUAACUGCCGAAGGAGCCCAUCGCAUUGCCAAGUUUGCCUUUGAGACGGCAUCUCGCCUAAACCGGCGCAAAGUGACGGCUGUUCACAAGGCCAAUAUCAUGAAACUUGCCGACGGUUUCUUCCUGCAGAGUUGCCGGGAUGUUGCCAAGGAUUACCCACUGAUAGAGUUUGAGGACAUGAUUGUGGACAAUUGCUGCAUGCAGUUGGCGAGUCGUCCACAGCAGUUCGACGUGCUGGUGAUGGGAAAUCUUUACGGCAAUAUCAUCAGUAACCUGGGUGCUGGUCUUGUUGGCGGUGCAGGUGUUAUUCCUGGAGUCAACAUGGGCGAGGAUAUUGUCCUGUUUGAGCCUGGUGCACGCCAUCGCGGACAUGAGCUAGCUGGCAAGAACACGGCCAAUCCCGCUGGCAUGUUGUUGACAUCUGCAAGCAUGCUGCGACACCUGCGCCUGCAUGAGGCUGCCGACCAGAUUGAGAAUGGAGUAUAUGGCUUACUAAAGGAGUCAGAAUUUCAUACGCCAGAUCUUGGAGGAAGCAGCAGUACAUCUGAUUUUGUUGCCGCUCUGAUGAGUCGAUUGGAGUAGCUCGUGAAGUAUAUACAGCAUGCAGUGAUACAGCUACGCUGUCGCCGUCAGCUUGUGAAUGUGAACUACAACCAAUAGUAGCGUAUAACCCUUGCAGCAGUGAGAUCAGCUCCUGCCUGGCACGGCCGACUGUGUACCACCGGUUCACCUACUUGACAAUCUCGGUGUCAUGGUGAUUGGUUACGGCUGCACGGGUUGCUAGCUCAGGGCCACGUCAUGCUUUGCUCAGAUGGAUGGGCUCUGCCUGUGUUCCUCACAAGAUGAGUUCUGCCAUGUAACUUGAAAUACUCACUUGCGCUUUAAUUAAGAGAAUUUUUUCAAUAUUACGCCAACAUCCUCGUGCCACUCAUUGGGUAAAAUAUCGUAUUUCCACAGCAGACUGAGGGCAAUGACUGCACUGCCUUGUUUAGUGAUUUGCUGUAAAGCUUUCUAUUAUAAUUUCUACAUUGUGUUCGACCAGUUCCAAGCCUUGACUUCAUAAUCCAGCUGCAACUGCACUGCUUUUCUCUAAUUAUUGCGUGACCAGUUUACCACUACCAUACAUCGGUUGGAAAUGGAGCUUUGAUCGAUUGA